CAAAAUCAUCUAUGACAACAAUUACACGGUGUUUGACAAACAAAAUUUCAGCGUACGACGGCCUUAUAGCGUAUUAAAAAUGUCAGUGCCACCGAAGUUUGCAGGCACUGGACUAGAAGAAGUGAAUAUUCCAGGACAGGCAUACCUCAGGGAGGCGCUCACAUCAUGCACCGAUCCUCUGAAGGCGAUUGAAAGUUUUCAGCUGGAAAAUGGGGUACUAUUGCCGUCUUUGCGCCCGAUGUUGCCGUUGCUGGACUUGCAUGGCGUGCGUCGCUUAGACUUUCAUACAUCGCUUAUGGAGGAGUUGCGUGAAAAACUAAUUGCACACAUAAACGAGUUAGGUCAGAAAGACCCACGGGAACGUGAUAAAAAACUGAAGGAACUACUGGUAAAAAGUUUUCCAGUUGUUCGAGUUAAAGCGCUUCGACCAGUAGUUAUGGCCAUUUUACGCAAUACUCAACACAUUGAUGACAAAUAUUUGCGUAUUUUGGUACGCGAUCGAGAAUUGUAUUCAGAUACUGAUACGGAAGUGAAAAGACAAAUUUGGCGCGAUAAUCAGUCGCUGUUUGGUGACGAAGUUUCACCACUUUUAUCACAGUACAUCCGUGAAAAGGAGCAUGUGCUAUUCGAUCAUACAAAUCUAAACAACCUCUUUUUUCAUCCAUCACCAAAAGUGCGGCGUCAGGGAGAGGUGGUUCAAAAGUUGGCGAAUAUGAUAGGUCAAAGUGUCAAGCUGUACGACAUGGUGCUGCAGUUUUUACGUACUCUAUUUUUGCGCACCCGCAACGUUCACUAUUGUACACUUCGCGCCGAAUUGUUGAUGGCGUUGCACGAUUUGGAAGUGCAGGAAAUAAUUUCAGUUGAUCCAUGUCAUAAAUUUACUUGGUGUUUGGACGCUUGUAUUCGUGAAAAGAAUGUAGACAUAAAAAGAUCUCGUGAACUGCAGGGAUUUCUAGAUAACAUAAAGCGUGGGCAAGAACAAGUUUUGGGUGAUUUAUCUAUGACUUUAUGCGACCCAUACGCUAUAAAUUUCCUCGCUACAUCAGCAAUAAAGAUUUUACAACAUUUGAUCAACAACGAGGGACUACCUCGAGAUAAUACCAUUCUAAUUUUAUUAUUACGUAUGCUCGCGUUGGGCUUGAGUGCGUGGGUGAUGAUCGAUUCGCAAGAUUUCAAAGAACCAAAACUUGAUUGCCAGGUUGUAACGAAAUUUCUGCCGGCCCUAAUGUCACUUAUGGUGGACGAUCAAUGUCGCAGUUUGCAUUCGAAGCUACCUCCAGACGAACGCGAAUCAGCGCUUUGUACGAUUGAGCACUCUGGACCAGCACCAGAUGCUGUCGAGGCAUAUAUCCAGGAAAGCUCAGUUGCCAGUAUUUUGGCCAUGUACUAUACCUUACACACGGCGCGCUUGAAGGAUCGAGUUGGAGUAUUACGUGUUUUGGCGAUAUUGUCGGCUUGCAAGGACGAUCGCGCAUACGAGGAUCCAUUUCUACAUUCACUUAUCGCUUUGCUAAUUCCAAUGGCAGAUGAAUUUUCAACUGAAGAUUUUUGUACUACACUCUUCGAUGAGUUCCUUUUCGCCGGGCUAACUCGUGAUAAUGUCACGAGGCAUAUGCUAAAGUUACUGUGGUAUGUGCACAAUAAAUUGCCGCCGGGGAGAUUGGCCACCCUUAUGAAGGCUAUACAACCCACAACUGGCCAUAACGAGACAGUUCACAAAUUGUAUGAGACACUGCAGGAACGAAUCGGCGCGACUAUACAUGAAGGUCCCAUGCCAGAGCAACAAGAAAUAGAUUUUGAUUCACCACUAAAAAGCGUACCCACUCCUGGUCCAGCGUAUAUGCAGUAGUGAAUACAAAAUGAGAAAAACAGAUAUAAUGCGCAUUUAUUGUUUGCGUUUGUAAUCCCUUUUAUAUUAUAAAUAUUUUUAAAAACCUACAUACAAUAAAACUGUGUACACGACGUAUUCGUGGAAAAGCAAUUUUAGCAUGAUUUUAA